AUGCCGUUGUUCAUCGACGAGGCCAUGGACGCCUUGAAGAACAAGGACAUGACCUACUCGGAGUUGGACGCGGCCGCCGUGUCCAGCAAGGCGGCGGGGGACAUUGACGGGCCCAUCGACGUCGGCACUUUUGCCCGCGGUGCUCUGCGGAAGCUGGGCGAGGUGAGGGUGACCAGGUCUCCCUUCGACGUCGUGGUUCCGAUGCCAGAGAAUCUGGACCAGGUCAUGGAGCAGAUCGCGGGGCAGACGUACACCGACGUGCCGCCUGCUCUUCGCCCAGGCGCUGAGCUCCCCGAAGGCACCACAUACUCCGUUGUCGCUGGUGGCAACGGCAACGGCGCCGCCGUCGCCGUCAAGAUCUACGCGUUCCAGAACCAGGUGCCCUUGAAGACCGCACAGGAGCUCGUGAUCGGGACUGGGUAUGCUCCAAUAGCGAGAAAAGGCCCAUGGCUCCACAAGAAAACCCUGCAGUGGUUGCUUGAUCGCAUCCCUGGCCACCGCGUCGAUUGGGCAAGCGUGGAGGAGAAGCAACGGGCGAAACUGACAGACGGCGAACAGAAGAGAUGGGAGGCCACGGACGAGGAGCUCGAAGAGGGCAUUGACUUCAUCAACAAGCACGCGCCCGCCGUGAACGACAUGAACCAACAGUGGCUCUUCAUUGAGAAGAACAUCAAGCCGAGCAGCGGGUCCAAGAUUGCGGGGUGGCCGUGGGCUAAAGUUGCUAACGCAGUGCACAACCGAGCGAAGGCAGCAACGGGGUGCGCCAAGGUUGAGCGUUCGUUCCCCCUGUGCGUGUUCGACUUGCACGCGCUGUGGCCAGAAGUGUUGCCUCCGUGCAUUUUCACGCUCCUAUCGCAGCUUGGACUCCUCUUCUUUGGCUUGCCUGGCAUCGGCAAGACGCCCACUUUCAUCGUGCUCGCCAUGGCCAUGGGCCGCUACACUGCGGCGCGCUCGGGCGGUAAUCUACUCCCUGGAUGGCGCCGCAGCAAGUCGAUGGACGGUUUCAAGUCCAGCCAGGGGACAGCGUCCGAGGGCACUCUCCUCGACGACCCUGGCAUGUGGCAUCUCUCGAUCGAUGACCUGAAGUCCUUCUUCGACGCCGCAGAGGACACCUUCGCCAGGGCCAGGUACAACGACGCCAAGUUCGUGAAGAACUCAGUGCGGUGCUUGGCGGAGAAUGAGUUCGAUGAGAAGGACGAACCGCCCGCGGAUGACCGAACCAUUAUCACCGCGGCCGAGGCUGAGAAGCUGUUCAUGAAGCCGUUCUCGGGGUGGAAGCAGGCGCAUGUCCUCGCGGUGCUCAAGCGCACCGUCGCGUGCGUCGCUGGUCGCCACUCCAUGUGCCUUCGCUUUCCCAGCAGCGACCCCGACGCGGUUCCGAUUCCCCCCCUCUCCGCCCGCACGCUGCUCCGUCUUUUCAGGUGCGGUGGCUGGAUGCUGGGGCUCGCCUCGCGACUGGCCGCGUUCGCCGCCCGGGUCGUGGAGACCGCGUAA